GAGCAAGUUGUUGGUCAUAUUUGUUAUAUAUUUUCGAGUGAUUGAUUAAUAAUUUAAAAAUAAUAAUAAGUUUGUUGUACCAAAUAUUAACUUUGGUAAUUAGAAAAGUUGAGGUCGCUCCAGUAUUAUUGUGACACUUAAUAAUUAAAGUUUAACUUUGUUGGUUAAUUAAAAGUAAUAAACAAAUAAUCCGGAUUUUACGAACUUUGGGGUGAAAAAUAUAUCAUUUUUUUAAUUUAAAUUUUUUUAAUGCCGGGAUUUAUUGUAAUUGGUGAUAAAUUAUGAGCGAUAUUUGUCGGGGGUGUAUGAAAACAGGUGGAUUUUUGCUGUCAAUGUUUGAUGCUGAUGUUAGUGAUAAGAAAUUACCAGAUAAGCUGGCGGAUAUCGCUGACAUUGACAUCAAUAAAAAUGAUGGCAUGCCAACAACAUUAUGUCCAAAAUGCGCUUAUCGUACGGUAUCAUUUUAUGAUUUUAAAAUACAGGUACAAAAGUCCGAUAAAAUUUUCCGAGACAUGUUAAAAAAAUCAACUGAUCCAACAGAUUCGGAUAAAAAAUUGACUGCGGAAGCAGCAUCAAUCGAGGCAUCAAAAAUUAAAACAAAUAAUAAUGAUGUGAAUGUUAAUUUGAUGGAUGGAAAGCACUCAGAUCCGCUAUUCGCAGAAUACGAUCCUGAGAAUUUAACAUUAGACAUUAAAGAUGAACCGAUAACGGCGAUCGAUCCAUCUCUGGACUACAUGUUUCUGUCAUACGUAAAUUACGAAGAAAUAGACGAGAGUUUGGAGCUUAACCCCAUGGCGAUGCCUAAUGAUUUAUUAAAGCAGGACCAAGUGGAAGAUAAAAAUAAUGAUGAGGAUAAAGAAGAAGCGGAUGAGGAUCCGGAUAUUAACGCUGGCGCUUACGCGGUUAGAGAAAUCGAUAACAAAAGUUAUGACAACGCUUCGGACUCUGACGGCUACAACUGCGGUAACAAUUUACUGGGCAGCAUUAAUGACACAGUUGUUAGAAUAAGAGACAUCAAAUGUCAGGACGGCACGAUGCAGUAUCAGUGCACCCUGUGUAUGCAUAAUUACACAGAUCUGUCCGAGAUAUUGAUUCAUACUGUCGACAACCAUGUGCCCAGCAACGGUCCAUUUUUCUGCGUCGUCUGCGAGAAGGACUGCGACAGCAACCGCGAGCUCCGGUCCCACAUUAAAGUCCACACCGGAGCGAGUCCGUACAUUUGUUUCAUUUGCAGAAAAGCCUACACGACUAAGAGAUAUUUGAAGCGACACAUGAUUUGUCACACUGAUUUUCCCCGACACCGGUGCACUAGAUGCGCAAUGAGAUUCAAAACCAAAUGCGAAUUAGAGGGUCAUGUCAAAACUCACGGUAAUAACACGAGUUACUCCUGCAGCCAGUGUACUAGAGUAUUUAAUCACAAAGCAAAUUACAAACGUCAUUUGAUGACACAUCUAGACCCACGUGGUUUAUGUUUACCCAAGUACCCGUGUUACAUAUGCGGUAAACGUUUUCCCAACAACCGAACUGUCCAAACACACAUGAGAGUUCACACGGGCGAGAAACCCUUCACUUGUGACGUUUGCAACAGAUCAUUUUCACAACAAGGUAAUCUUGUUAAUCACAUAAAACUUCAUUUGAAUCCGCGAAAUUACAGAUGCGAAAUUUGCGGUAAAAAAUUUAAUCAGAGGUCUACGUUGCGCGAUCACGCGGUUCUGCACACGGGAGAGAAGCCUUAUGUGUGCAAUGUCUGCGGUGUCGCGUUCACAUUCAGCGCGGCGUUGAGGAGACACAUGUGGAGCCACGCUGAUAACAAACCCUUUGGCUGUGAUAAGUGCAACGCUAAAUUCGUCGGGAGGUACGAGUUGAAGAGACACAUGAAGAGUCACUGCGGCAAACCAAAGUACAAACGUAAGAAAAGUUAUGAUGAUUUAAUUGUUGAUGUGAAUAUUAAUAGUGCUGCUGAUGAUGCUGGUGGUGGUAGUGGGGGUGGUGUUAUUAAUGAGAAUGAUAAUGACAGUGCGUGUGUUAAAAGUAAUGAUCAAAUUAUUAUAAUUAACUCGGAUGAUAUAUUAAAUCACGUAACUGUGGGGGAUGAUAUGUUCAUUGAAGACGUUGAUCUCGUUGGUCAUGACAAUCAAAAUCAGAUAAAUCAUGACUCGGAGAAGGAAAAUGUAGACGCGUUUUUUGAACUGAUACAUUACACUUGAUAUUAAUUGUUUUUUAAUAGUUAGUUUUUUAUUAAUUAUUGGAGUUCGAGUCGAGUAAUUGUUGUAAUUAAUUAAUUACGAUGGCCAAAUAAUUAUUGUUUAGUUUUCUUGAGAGCUUAGAAAAUAUAUGACUGGUUUCUGAUACUAAAAAAUAUAAUAAUUGGCGGGUUUAUAUUUGAAAUUUUCAAAUUGUUACAGAUAAAAAUUAAUUUAUUAUUAUUAUUAUUUAAGAUAUUUAUAUUUAUAUAUAUAUUUUUCAUAAAUUAAAAUUCACCAAAGAAAAAAACUAAAAAUUAAAAAAUCUGAGUUUAAAAAUUUUUAACAAAAGUUAAAAUUGCUGAUAAAAAAAAAUUAAAUUUACUUCGAAUAAGAAUUUAACAAAAGAAUAAAUUAUUCAAAUUUUUCUUAGCGAAUCGAAAAAAUAAAUUCAAGAAUUUAACAGAAUAAAGUGGACGGAAGUGAAAAUUCUGGGCAAGUUUAUAGUCCCGCACUUUUAAAAAUAUUAAAUAUAUUUUUCAUUGAGAAAAUUAUUAUUAUUUUUUUAUUUUUUCACUUUACAU